AUGAACAAAGCAAUAUGUAGUGCAUUAAGUGCUGCCUUUUUGGGUUAUAGACUCUUCAGGCUUGCUACACAACUUGGUGUUAAAUUUCUUGAUAAAUUUGCAAAAGUUGUUGAUUAUCAGUCAACAUUUCAGGCAGGAUACUUGAAAUUACAUAAGCUCAGCAUUCGAAUGGCAAAUUUUGAUCUACAAAUGCAUAGUUUGAUGGCAUUUGCACCUUUAUUCCCUGCUACAAGAAAAUAUAGAUAUACUGAAUCUGAAGGAAAAUCUUUGGCUCAUAAUGAGUCUCUAGAAACAUAUGGAGUGAAAUUUCUUAAGAAAAAUUUGACUG